ACUCUACUUACAUUUUGCUCAUCUACAUCAAUCGGCACAAAGCUGACAUCGAUUUCAAGUGUUUUAAUACCUUCAUUUUGCGUUGCUUUGCUAGAUUAUUAUUAUUUAUAUCAACUUUAUCUUAAAAGUAAUAAAAUGACAAUUGAUCCAGCUAAGUCGAUUCCUGCGUUUUACGCUGGACAAAGUAUAUUUCUAACAGGUCCAACAGGAUUUCUGGGUAAGGUGUUUAUCGAAAAAGUGUUACGAUCUUGUCCAGAUGUUCGCGAAAUAUUUCUGUUGAUGCGUCCGAAAAAGGGAUUAAGUAUCAAUGAAAGGCUCGAAAAAAUAUUAAAUUUACAGUUAUUUGACAAAUUGCGCGAAAAACAACCUUCUAAUUUCAAAAAGUUAAUUCCAAUUUCUGGCGAUGUUAGUGAGAAGGGACUAGGUUUGUCGGCUGUGGACAAACAAAUACUAGUUGAAAGAGUGACUAUAGUAAUUCAUGCAGCGGCGAGUGUCAGAUUUAAUGACACUUUAAAAUAUGCCAUAUUUGUCAAUACUAGAGCAACGAGAGAUAUCUGUAUUUUAGCUCAAGGUAUGAAGAAUUUAAAAGCAUUAGUGUAUGUUAGCACGGCAUUCACCCACGUGAAUAAUUUAUUCACUGAAGAAAAAGCGUACCCGCCAAUAGCUGAUUGGCAGAAAAUGAUAGAUGUGGCCGAGUCAUUGGAUGAGCAUACUCUCAAAGUUUUUACAGCUAAAUGUUUGGAUUACGCACCCAACACGUACAUUUUUUCGAAAAAUCUAGCGGAGAGUAUAAUACAGGAAUAUUCUUCCUUCUUACCUUGCGCGAUUGUGAGACCUCCUAUUGUGACAUCAUCGAUAAAAGAACCAGUGCCAGGAUGGAUAGAUAACACUUAUGGUCCAAUAGGACUUUAUAUUGGUGGCGGAAAAGGUGUAAUACGAGUAGGGUGUUGUAAUAAAUACGUUCAUGAAAAUGUAAUACCAGUAGAUAUUGUCGUCAAAGUUAUGCUAGUCGUAUCUUGGAAGCGUGGAUUAACCAGGUAUGACUAUCA